AUGUCAGCAUCAGCUUUCACGGCUCCGAAGCAGGGUCAGGUGCCACCCGACAACCUGUUCUACGUCUUUGUUAUUAGCCGGCAUGGCCAACGGACUCCCGUCAUGCGCUGCCGGAACUUGCCCAAGAACGAACCCGUCGACUACGGCCAGCUCACCGCGAAAGGUCGUGAGCAGACAUUCAGACUAGGCCAGUUCCUGCGGGACCGGUACAAAGUGUUUAUGGGGGCCUCGGACAAGCCCGGUCAAGUACUGGCCACCCAUGUCGGUCUGGAUCGGUGUCGUGACAGCGUGAGAGAGACCCUGCGUGGCCUGGGUGUGCCCGCGGCAACGCCCAUCGCCGACCCGACGCGUUACGGCGUGCCGUUUCUCGGCAGCGUGAACGACAACAUGGACAAGGUGCUUAAAGAGCCGGGUCGAGGCGACUUCUCCACGCUGGGAGACCUGGUCGCCUUCGUCGCGGAGAAGACGGGGGCACCGUGGCAGAACAAUGGAGACAAGUUCCUCGUGAUGGACAGCCUGGUGACCCAUGUGCUCAACGGGAACCCUGUGCCGGACUGGGCCAAGUCCAUGUGGGACGACUUGCUGUGGGCGGACCGGAGGGUGUUUGUGCGGUCGCUCGUGGGUUACGAGCGGCCGUUCGCGGGUUACGUGCUGGGCCGGGUGCUGGACACCCUCACGAUCAAAUUCGAGAAGCGCGUAGAACGGCCCGACAAGAUGCACGUCUUCUCCAUGUCAGACACGAGCGUGUUUUCGGUGCUCAAGCUCCUCGAUUCAUCACACGAUGGCCGACCUUGCUUUUGUGCCAGCAUUCUGAUUGAGGUGUAUAAGGACGGCCACAAGGACUGUGUGCGAAUCCUGUACCGCACCCAGGAAGAGCCUUGUCUUGUUCCCAUGAACAAGACAGAAAACCCGUGUGAGCUGAGCAAGUUUCUGGGAUUUCUGCGUGGCGUUUUAAAAACGCCUUAG